AAGAGGGGAGUUGUGUGCAGGGACACAAAGGAGAGCAACAUGAACAGAAAGUAUGUUUAGGAGUUGGAUUUAUUUCUUUCAGUCGGCUGAGGAGAAGUGAUGAGAUGCCACAUGCACCAAGGUCACCGAGAAGCAGUGCCGGGAUGCAGACCAAACUGAGUGCCUGGACUCCUCUGAACCACCCUGUGACCAACAGCAAGUUGUUUGAAGAGAGACGGACCCUGCUGAAAAAGUGGGUCGACAGGUGGUCUGACACUCAGAGGAGAGCCGUGCUGCAGGACUUUGUGCUGAGCUGUUCUCAAGAGCAGCUGAAGUUCCUGAGUGUCAGUGUGAGCAGGCAGCUCCCCCUGCAGGCCGCAGACCUCACCUGCCAGCUGCCCAGAGCCCUCAGCCUCUACAUCUUCUCCUACCUGGACCCCCGCAGCCUCUGUCGAUGUGCACAGGUGAGCUGGCACUGGAAGAGCAUCGUGGAGCUGGACCAGCUGUGGAUGCCCAAGUGUCUGAGGCUCGGCUGGUGCAUCACUCGCUCCCUCACGCCCUUCGAGCAAGGCGCCUGGAAGAGACACUACAUCCAGACUGUGCAGGAGCUACGACUCGCCCGGCUGCAGACUGCCCCCUCCCCACAGCAGUUUUUGAUUCCAGAUGCAACAGUGAACCACAGCAGACAUGAAGAUCUGGCAGGGGCGGCCCUCCCCACAGAGGAGUGUCCAGUCUCCACUGUCCACCCAGCCGGAAGCAGCCUCAGGUUCGGGUUGAGUAAAGACAAGCAGCCGACUCCCCUUCCUCCAUGGAGAGAUUCUGACAGACGUCCCAAAGACACACAGCGCUUUAACUACCUGGACAACCUGCCACCUGUUCUACAAGCCCCCAGAGGGCAAACGGACAUCACAGCUCCCACCGGCCGAGGCAACACAUCGGCGUCAGUCGACGGCAGAAGGAACUCGCUGUCUGAGGCCACUUACAAGCUCCGCAAAGCCAAAUCUCUGAUGUUCCUCAGUUCUGGCGGAGGACCCAAACAUCCUCCUCCUCCUCCUCCUCCUCUUCCUCCUUCUCAUCAUCAUCAGGCCAAAAUCAAGGAGACCACCAGGAGCCUGCUGAGCCUGGCCCAGUGGAAUGCUGGGGUCCGUCCGGGGCCGGUAAGGUCGGCGGUGCCCCGGCUGAGCGUGGAGGCUCUCCGGGCGUCCCAGCGCUCACAUCGGAGCUCUCCCAGUGUACCACUGUUUGAAGUACCUUCGUGGACUUGGCCUGCUUCACAAGCAAGAUGAUGAAGAGCAAAGAACAUCGCCCCCAUCAGGAAGACAUCAGAACUACGUUUUUAGGACACAAUCCAACGCAUGCUGCGUUUCACAGGUGCGAUUUAUUUAGAUGGAUGGAGAGACAGACAAUUGUAAAGAGCACUUUUAGAGACUAACGAAAAGGUUUCAAUCCAUCUCUAAUAAAAAUACACGAAUGAACACGAUUUUUCGUUUUGUACAUGUUAUUAUUUUUGGCUGAAUCAAUAAAUUCAUCAACAGUUUUGCCAG